AUGUGCCGCAAAAUCCUCGCCCUCUACGACCUCUGCCACGACGCCCCCUCCCGCCCAUCCACCUGCACGCCGUCCCGCCCCGUCAACUCCCCCCACAACGACGUCUACUUCGGCCUGCAACGCUGUCCCAACCCAACGCCCUGUCCAGAUUCCCAACACGCACGCACGGUCUACCUCCCGCUCGUUGCGCGGACCUGUUCGGAGGCCUGCGAGCAAGAGCUCAACUCGGAGUUCUGGCACGAAAGACGGCGCACGCGGAGGAGGAAGGAGUAUAAUCCUUUUUUGGACCGGGCGUUGUGUUUGGGGAGGGAUGCGAGGCUGUAUCAUGUUGUGACGGGGGAGUGUGUGGCGAAGGAGGAGCAGUUUGGGGAUGAGCCGCCGGUGGGGAGGGUGGUGUAUGAGGGCAUGCUGCCGGGGCCGCCGUGGGAGGAAAGGAUGGGGGAGAGGACGUCUGCACGUGGUGAUGGGGAUGAGGUGGAGAUGACUGGUGCCGGUUUGGAGGCCGAUGUCGAGGAGGAUCCAGAGGGCCGGUUCGCUGGUUUUAGUGCUCAGACGAGAGAGGGGGUUUCGUCUUCUUCACAGUCUUCGCGCGCUUCGACAUGGUUGGGCUUUCGAUCUCAUUUGAGGAGUUUGAGGGAGCUGGCCAGCAGGAUCGAAUUUAGAGGGGAGCAGAGAGGGCCGUCUUAG